ACCUGAGGGCACAGAACAUGGGGCAGGCGUCCCCGUUCCCAAACCCGACCUCGUGUCCCACAUGGAGCGAUGGGAAGAGCUGCAAGUCCCAGAUCCCCAGUGCUCCAAGGAACAGGAGAUGCCAAGAGGCACCCACGAAGGUGCCGAGAUCCCGCGUAGAAGCAAAGAAGAGACUUUGCAGCAUGAAAGGGAAGCAGCCAGAUGCAAAGGGAAUGUGUCCUGUAGACCCAAGCGGGGCGAUGGCUGGGUGGAAGGGCAGCAGGAUCCCGGACCUCUGGGUUCCAUUUGCGUGAAGAGUGGCAUGAGCGACGGGUCAGUGGGUGGCACCCCAAGCCCCAUCGCCUGCUCCAUGUGCGGGAAGGGCUUCAGCCGCAGGUCGAACCUCACGAAGCACCAGCGGGUCCACACAGGGGAGCGUCCCUUCUGCUGCACCCAGUGUGGGAAAUGCUUCAGUCAGAGCUCCAACCUCUGCCGGCACCAGAGCCUCCAUGCAGCAGGCGAGGGGCCCUGGUGCUGCCCCGAGUGUGGGGAGAGCUUCACAGGGAGCACGGGGCUGGCCAGGCACCGAAGAACACAUGCCAUAGGGGAGAGAUCCCACUUCUGCCACCAGUGCGGGAAAGGCUUUGCCAGCCACUCACUCCUGACCAUUCACCGGCGCAGCCACUCGGGGGAGCGGCCGUUCUCCUGUGCCCAGUGCGGGCGCAGCUUUGACCGCAGCUCCCUACUGGUGGAGCACCAGCGCACCCACACCGGGGAGCGCCCCUACCGCUGCCACCAGUGCAGCCAGGGCUUCACCCGCGCCACCCACCUCAGCCGGCACCAGCUAAUCCACCGUGGUGAGCGACCUCACGGCUGCCCCGAGUGUGGCCGGCGCUUCCGGCUUCGGGCUGCAUUAGUCAAGCACGUGCGGAGCCACACAGGGGAGCGACCCUACAAGUGUGCUGAGUGUGGGGCGGUCUUCGCCAGUGUCUCCUCCCUGGCCCGGCACCACCAGAGCCACGCCGGUGAGAAGCCCCACCACUGCCCCGACUGUGGCAAGAGAUUUGGGCAGAGCACUGCCUUCGCUGAGCACUGCCGCACCCACACUGGGGAGCGCCCCUACCGCUGCCUGGAGUGUGGCCGCGCCUUCGCCGGCAGCUCCAACUUCAUCCGGCACCAGAGAAUCCACACCGGGGAGCGGCCCUACCAGUGCCAGGACUGCGGCCGCACCUUCCGGGCCAGCUCCAACCUGGCCAGGCACCAGAGGACUCACCACCAGGGGCUGGUGGUCACCGAGUGUGGAGAUACUCCCUUGCUGGGACGGGCAGGACAAAGCUAGGGUCACUGGGGGCAUAGGCCUAGGUGGAGCCGAAGGCCGUGGGGGGUUGGUUGGGGUUGGGGCCAUGGCAGGUGUAAGCUGAGAUGGUCAGGGCACAAGGCAGGAGCUGGUGGCUGGAUUCUCUGCAGCCCUGAGCCAAGCAGCACCCCUGGAGCAGGAUCAGAUGGCUCAGACCAGAGCUCACCAGGGAAGGUGGCUCCUGCAUCUUGCCGCACCUGCCCUCUCUUCCCUGCCGUGGUGCUGAACUCUCCGUCCAAUAGGAAGCGCCGUCUCCUAAUGCUCCUCCCACCAUUACCACCACUUUAGGCCAGGCCUGCUGGGGCAGAGCUCUCUCCUUUCAUCACCCCAAGGAAGAUAGGGCCAGUGUUGGCCCCUGGCUCCAGUCUGCUUCUCACAGGGCUGCGCCAUGGCGACAAACUCGGAGGUGCCCCAGGGGCAAUCCCACUCUAGGAGAGCGGCCCUUCUUUGCUGUAUGGACCAGUAUCAGGCAGGCUGGAUCUGCCCUCAGUGCUGCAGUUCGCCCAGGGGAUGGACACACACACACACACGACU